UCACGUGACAGCUGUGAGGAGAGCCGUGUCAUCUCCAUCCCGCAGAGCAGCGCGGAUGAAACACCGGUCACACUCAGAGCAGCAUUCGGGGAAAAGGCCCCGUGUUCCCGCCGCGGCAGCCUCCACCUCCACCUCGCCUCAAGACGGCAUGGAGGACAAAACACUGUCCAAACCGCGGGAGCUCACCCAAAACCCCCUGAAGAAGAUAUGGAUGCCGUGUAAAAAUGGCCUUCCUGAAAAACACAUUUCUCAAAGAAAGGUAUGUAUGACCAACUGCCCCACGCUGAUAGUGACGGUGGGGCUUCCUGCCAGGGGGAAGACGUACAUCUCCAAGAAGCUGACCCGCUAUCUCAACUGGAUCGGAGUUCCCACCAGAGAGUUCAAUGUGGGGCAGUACAGAAGAGACUUUGUGAAGAUCUACAAGUCCUUUGAGUUCUUCAGUCCAGACAACGAGGAGGGGUUAAAGAUCAGACAACAGUGUGCCUCAGCAGCUUUGAACGAUGUGCGGCAGUAUCUCACAGAAGAAGGAGGCCAAGUGGCGGUUUUUGAUGCAACAAACACCACCAGAGAAAGAAGGGAAACCAUCAUCCAGUUUGCAGAGCAGAACGGGUUUAAGGUGUUCUUUGUGGAGUCUGUGUGUGAAGACCCAGAUGUCAUAAAGGAGAACAUAGUGCAAGUGAAGCUAAGUAGCCCGGACUACACCAACUGUAACACGGAGGAAGCAGUAGAGGAUUUCCUGAAGAGGAUCAAGUGUUAUGAAAACUCCUACGAGACGCUGGAUGAAGUCCUGGACAGGGACCUCUCCUACAUUAAAAUCAUGGACGUGGGUCAGCGGUACAUGGUGAACCGGGUGUUGGACCACAUCCAGAGCCGGAUCGUCUACUACCUCAUGAACAUCCACAUCACGCCGCGCUCCAUCUACCUGUGCCGCCACGGGGAGAGCGAGCUCAACGUCAACGGGCGAAUCGGAGGAGACUCGGGCAUCACACCGAGAGGGAAAGCAUUUGGGAAGAAGCUGAGCCAGUUCCUGGAGACGCAGGGCAUCAGCGACCUGAAGGUGUGGACCAGUCAGAUGAAGAGGACCAUCCAGACGGCCGAGGCUCUCAACGUGCCCUACGAGCAGUGGAAGGUCCUGAACGAGAUCGACGCAGGCGUGUGUGAGGAGAUGAUGUACGAGGAGAUCCAGGAUCACUAUCCUCUGGAGUUUGCUCUGAGGGACCAGGACAAAUACCGCUAUCGGUACCCCAAAGGAGAGUCGUACGAGGACCUGGUGCAGCGGCUGGAGCCGGUCAUCAUGGAGCUGGAGCGGCAGGAGAACGUUCUGGUUGUCUGUCACCAGGCCGUCAUGCGCUGCCUGCUGGCCUACUUCCUGGACAAGACGGCAGAGGAGCUGCCCUACCUGAAGUGCCCGCUGCACACCGUGCUGAAGCUGACGCCCGUGGCCUACGGCUGUAAGGUGGAGUCCAUCUGCUUAAAUGUGGAAUCAGUCAACACACACAGAGAACGACCAGAGAACGUAGAAGUGUCGCGGAUGUCAAAGGAGGCUUUGCUAACAGUGCCAGCUCACCAAUGAGGCAGUGCCCCCCCCCCUAUACACACACACUGUCACCUUCAGAAUCACAAACGCUUUCUCCUCCACCCAAUCUGAUCAAAUCCCUGUUUCUUCUCUGUAAGAUGAUGAUGAUGAUGAUGAUGAUGAUGAUGAUGGUAAUUGACUGGAAUCCAGUUUCUAAUUUUGAUCAUUAAUUGUAAGACACAGAUAUUGUCUCGAGCCCAUUCUCCCAUUUUUGGAGAGUGAAUGGAAAGCAGAUGAAGGUUUUUUUUGUUUUUUUUUAACUGAUGCCGUUUUACCAACUGUGAAGCCUUGACUCUCCGGCACCUCUUUGUGUUUAGUGAUGUUUGAUUUCUCAUUGAUCUAGUCUGUGUAACAGAUUUUUACAAUGUUGACUUUUAGCAAUGUUUUUCUGUGGUAAAUCAGUAAUUGCACAACGCUAAAUAUUUUUGUGCCUUUUUUAAUAUUUUGCACUUUUUGUUAAAUGGCCUCAUUACCAGUUUGUCUUUAGGAUGUCUAACGUUGUCUAAUGAAGUACAGACACACUUUAUGUUUUAUUGUAUGUGAAGGUUCUUACAGUAUAUUCAUCUCUCUGAUCAGACCUGAGAGGAGAUACUUGUGUUUGUUUCUAAAUAAACUCCUCUAUAAUUUCAUGUUUUCGUA